UUUUGAACCAUCUGUAUGUAUCACAUGAAAAGUUAAGCUGAUAACGCCACUUAACAUUUAGUCGACGGCGAGUCACCCGACCGACACAUGGCGUCUAAAGAUUUCCCGGUGAAAUUCGCCGGUGAAACUUACGACUUAAAUAAAUUUCUGAAAGACCACCCUGGCGGUGUUAAUACACUGGAAAGGUAUAGAGGGAGGUCCAUAGCUGGCGUUAUGAAGACAUACGGCCACAGUGAUAGUGCGUAUCAUAUGUUGAGUGAUUUUAAAGUGAAAAGUGCUGGCGAUCGUAACUUGACAGGUGGUGUGAGUGAAAAUGGAAGGAUUAUUACAAAGCCUGAAGCCGAGUGCGAUGUUGAUGAGAUUGCCUUUUUAGAGGAAUUAGAGAGUAGACUUGAUUGGUCGAAGCCUAUUCUGUCCCAGUUACACAAGAUAGCGCCUCAUUACCAGAAAUGGGUAAACAGCGCCGUUUAUAGAAAAUGCCGGCUGUUCUCGAACCCCAUGUUGGAGUAUAUGACGUUCACACCAUGGUACGUCGUGCCUAUUUUCUGGAUACCAAUAAUCUUAUACUUGGGAUUAUCACAGUACUUUGACUAUGUUCAAUGUGAAGAUUGUGAAGACCGUCAUGUGACAAAUAUUCAAUUUAUAUGGCACUUAGUUUUUGGUUUCAUCUUUUGGACAUUUUUGGAGUAUUCUCUCCACAGAUGGGUGUUCCACUAUGACCCUGGCUCAUCAAUUCGGAUGAUUCAAAUGCAUUUUCUUAUCCACGGGAUGCAUCAUAAGGUUCCAUUUGAUGGAUUGAGACAAGUAUUUCCACCAAUACCUGCCCUUGUGAUUGUCAUCACACUUGUGACUCUCAUUUGGCCCAUAUUCACUUAUCCUCUUAUUAAAGCAGUUGGGUCUCUCACGGGUUAUCUUAUAUAUGACAUGAUACACUACUACGUGCACCACGGCUCUCCGAGCGAUGGAACUUAUUUCUACGCAAUGAAACGGUACCACUCCAACCAUCACUUCCUAAAUCAUGACAAAGCGUUCGGCAUCAGCAGCAAAUUAUGGGAUCAUGUCUUCAAGACUAUUGUACAAGUUAAGAAAUUGAAUUUCGCUUUACGCUGGUAACUUACAUUAGUGGUAUUAAAGGCAUGGUGGGUAUUUCCUAAGCGAUUUACUAUAAGAGAACAGUCUUAAUUUAAAUCAGUUUGUAGUGUCUCAACACGAAAUAGCUUGAAAAUAAUUGUGUCUAUAAAACUUAUAAACAGUGUACAGCGACUUACACGAUAUUC